AGAAAGAGAGAGAAUGAAAAUCACCUCACUGAGCUCACUCAUCGAUUUCACCCGCGCGCGCGCCGAAAGCCCUACCGCGCUGAAUCCGCUCCCCACGAUCCGAAAGACUGCUGCAUUUCACAUUGACUGGUUAUAGGCAACUGAAUUACCUCCACUGUCUAAAAAAGGGAAGGUUUCAGCGACAGAUCCUCUCUACAUUUCUUUGAUUUCCCAACUCAUAUGACAGUUGAAUCCGAAACUUCAGGUUACUGCUGAAAAACUCAUGAAGAAUAUGGUCUUGGGAGAACCUUGAUGAUUCCAGAUUUAGAAUCUCUCCAUGGAUCAAAAUAUUGAAGGGCUGCCACAUUACAAAGAUAUCAAACAAAAUGAAUUCUGUUAUCGCAAACAUAAGAAGCAGAAGGAGGAGGAUAUUGCAGUUUGUGACUGCAAAUUUGACGAAAAUGAUCCUGAUAGUGCUUGUGGAGAGGGGUGCUUGAAUGUACUAACCAGCACUGAGUGUACUCCUGGUUAUUGUCCCUGUGGUGUUCAUUGCAGAAAUCAGAGAUUUCAGAAAUGUGAGUAUGCGAGAACAAAGUUGUUCAAAACUGGAGGUCGUGGGUGGGGCCUUAUAGCUGAUGAGGAUAUAAAGGCAGGACAAUUUAUUAUUGAAUAUUGUGGGGAAGUUAUAUCUUGGAAAGAAGCGAAACGAAGAUCCCAUGCGUAUGAAAACCAGGGACUCAAGGAUGCUUUCAUCAUCUCGCUCAAUGCCUCUGAAUCAAUAGAUGCCACUAGAAAGGGAAGUCUUGCUAGAUUUAUAAAUCAUUCAUGCUGCCCAAAUUGUGAGACGAGGAAGUGGAAUGCGUUGGGUGAAAUAAGGGUUGGAAUAUUUGCAAAGCAAGACAUUUCCAUUGGGACUGAAUUGGCAUAUGAUUAUAAUUUCGAAUGGUAUGGAGGUGCCAAAGUUCGUUGCCUCUGUGGUGCAAGCAGCUGUUCAGGAUUCCUUGGAGCCAAGUCUCGUGGCUUCCUGGAGGAUACUUAUUUGUGGGAAGAUGACGAUGAUAGGUAUUCAGUAGAGAAAAUUCCGCUGUACGAUUCUGCAGAGGAUGAACCUUUCGCUAAGGCAUUAAAUAACCCAUAUCCCGAGUAUGAGGGUUAUCUGAAAAAUGAGAACCCAAUGAUCUUGGACGAUAAUUUGGGAGCUGAAUUGCAGCUGGGAUCCACUGCAUUCAUUGAUACCUCAAACAAUUCAGUUCCAUUGCAAAGUAUAGUUGUGAGUGAAAUAAAAAAUGAAGUGAAAGAGGAGACAGAAAACCAUCCACAAAAUACGCAGCAGACCUUCUCACAUCAGAAUGCAAUGAUAUCUCGUAUCAGAAGUAAUACUGCAUGCCGUAAUUAUCGUGUUGGACCUGGACCUGUGGCCAAAAAACGGUCGAGAAACUUAUCUAAUGGAAGGACGAAAAAUUUUACCCUGAAGCAAGUUGAUGCAAAAUAUGUUGCUCGACUGUUAGAGUUAAAGGAAGCACAAGAAGAAGUCUUACAGUACGAGGAAAUGAAGAAUAAAGCUACCUCUGAACUUGAUUCGUUGUACAAUGAAAUACGACCUGCCAUAGAAGAAUAUGAGAGGGAUAGCCAAGACAGUGUAGCUACCAGUGUGGCUGAGAAAUGGAUAGAAGCAAGCUGUUUGAAACUGAAGGCAGAAUUUGAUCUUUAUUCUUCUAUAGUCAGAAAUGUUGCCUGCACUCCUCUAAGGUCAGGUGUCUCUACUGAACCUCAACCUCUUGAAGUGGCUGGUGACAACGACCUGAAAUUAAUAACUAAUUAGUUUGUUUAUCUCUGAUAAUAUGGAGCUGAAUUGAUUACUGUGAUAAACCACUUUUGUCGAUCGCUUGGUGAUGGUCGGGGCAUGCUAGUUCUUAUAGGAGCCUGCAAGAUCAGUGGAGCAGUUUUUAUUGAACUGUAUUCAGAUCCAAGGUAAUUGAAGCCUUCAAUUAUGAGCGUAUUUCUCAUGCUAUUUUUUCAAGCUAUUUUCUAUAUUGUUGUACUCGUUUUACAUGAGAAUCAUUUGAUCUGAUAAUUGAAAAGUAGAAUAGGAAGAAAAUGGAGACAUAUAGUUACUGAUGACAUGAUCGUGAGAAACGUUUGAUAGAAUUGAAAGGAAUAACAUUUGCAUUUUGGGUAGUUAGCAUCAACCUUGUAUGGGUUUUAUCGUAUUUUUCUGAUAUGUUUAAUGUUAAUUUGAA